ACUCUCUUCUAUUUUGCCUGAGUUUUGUCAAGAUGUUUAGUCAGCAUUUUCCACCAUGAAAUUCAGUAUCUGUGUUACUAGUGUUCAAAUAUGUAGGAUUGUUUUAUGAUGGCUGGUGUAAAAUUAAUGAUAUUGAACGAUGAGAGGCACUGCUCAACAAUAUAAAAUGUGUGUUUAUGUUUCACUUAUGUUGACCUUUGGAAAAUGUUAUAUUUUUCCCUUUCGUUCUCCAUUCUGGCUUAGGAUCAGCAGCUCCCUGACUCUUCUAGUCUUUAUAAAUGCUGUGUUUUCAGCAGCUAUGAGAGAUGGGGGUGAAGAUUUGAUACAUUUUCUUAAGGAUGCCUUUGAAAUGAAUCAGACUCUGGACCAAACUGAACCCACACAGCUCUCAGAAAUUAGCCUAGUACCUGAAAUGAUUCUGGAGGCUGUACAUCCAACAGAUCCAAGUGCAGAAUGUAAAGUUCCAGAAAUAGCUGACCUUUCCAAAACAACCCCAAAACCAAAUUCUGUUGAAGUUGCAGAUGUUUCUGAAGAGAGAUCUAUUGAGACCAGCAGCUCGGACAGCAGAUUACCUGAAAGAGCAUCAACUGAAGACAGCAGAGAGAGUGACAAGUACAAAAGAUUAGAGCUGAGAACAGCACUCGCAGAUGCUCACAAAGCAUUACAGGAGCAUUAUGGGAACUCAGCAGAGAGUAUGAGUAUGGACAGUACUGACAUUGAGAGAGACUGGACCCAGGGCUCAAAUCAACAAAGUAAUAAAGAAUCAGUGAUGAAGGAUGUUAGUAGUCAAGAAAAGGACAGACCCGAAGAAAAUGAAAGAUACCAGAAGAUGGUUAAAAAACAUCAUUUCGACAGUCCAGAAUUUGUGGACAGACCAGACAGUGAAGAACAAGGAAUAUCUCAGGAACAAAUCUCAGGGAUCGUAGCAAAACCAAACUUCCAGGCCACUCUGGACGACAGCAGGGAAGCGGCUGGUGGAAUCCCAGGAUGCACAGAAACAUCUGCUGAACAUCCCAUGGAAGAGAACAACAGUCUGGAUGACACUAAUGUGGAGCAGAUCCGAAAGGACACGCCGAGGUAUCAGAACCAGCUGAAGAAAAUAUGUCCCAGUAAGAGAGUACGAGCAUCUGUCAACCCGAGUGCACAGCUGGAUCUCCACAGUCCAGAGAGAGCCAACAGUGAACUUCUGGACAGUGACGACAGCGGUGAGAGGCUGAGAGAGCAUGUGGCGCUUCCUCUCUAGAGGAUCACUUACUUCUGUAGAACACAAGCUUGCUUUUUGAUUAUUAUGAUUAUUAGCGCGAUUUGGAUUGAUAUUAGGGGUGUAACGGAUCACAGUUGAUCCAUAAUCUAUGUGGAGGAUGACUUAUGGUUUGGAGAGUAUGUGACCCUCUGAUUAAUAACUUGUUUUUUAAAAAUAUUUUUACCUGUAGAUUAAUCCAGCUUCUGCAUCAUUCAAAUAUAUAUCGCUUGACUUAUGUGGCUUUCCUGCAAAAUACAAUGAUGACAGAAGAAGUUGUGGUGGUACCUAGCCUAAAUGUUUCAUUAGGCUAUUAAAGGUGUUUUCUGUCACUUCUUGUUUAGCCUGCAUCAAUGCAUUCAGUGUAUAGCUUCAAAAUAAAACAUUAAAAGAUCAGGAUCUCAAUUCAAACACACACGCAGCAUAAAUUUAUGACCAGCCAUCAAAAAUGUGUCACUAAAUAAUUGUUAAAAACUAUACAUCUAGUAAUAAACCAUUCAUUUCUUUGAGUGAGUUACUGAAAUGUUAAUUGAAAAUGAGUUCAUUUUCACAACACUAGCAGACAUCCUUUUCUAUAGUAUUGAAUAUUUUGCAAUUUAUUUUUAAUCAGCUGGUUAUUUCUUAAUUUUAUUUUUAUUAAAAUGACAGGUUUUAAGUUAUGUUUGUUAAAAAUAAAAGUUUUAAGCAUUACUAUUACUAUUAUCAAAUUUGUCUCCUCCACUUUUUGGCUGAUUUGUGUCUCAGAAACUGUAAUGUUAUCCAAACCGUGAGAUUUGUGAUCCGUUGCACCACUAUUUGAAAUAAUUUUGUUCAUUUGUUGUGGGCAUGCAUAAAUAAAAUAUAUACUCAUAUACAUAUAAGUGCCAUGUACUGCAUUGGUUCAUUAAAUUCAAUUGUUCUCUGACAUAGGAGUUAUGUGGCUAAGGUAAGUCAAAAUAAGUCUUCAGAAACCGUUUUUAUGUGCUUAUUUAUUAUCCCAUAAAAUACUCGCUGAUUCAGAAGGUUCAUAUUGACAGUGGUGCUUAUUGACUAUAUUUGGAAUCAUUGCAGAAAUAUUGAUAAGCUCUGCUCUGAUGUGCUUUCUCACUCUCAUACACUUAUGCAUAAAAUGGUGUGCUCUGCAAUAAACAUGAAAAAUAUUCAUACUUCAUUUAAAAAAAAUAGAUUUUUUUAUGAAAAAAAUUUAAAUAUUAAGAGUAGAUGCCUUGUUAAACCCUUUAACUUAAGCAGUGAAGCUUUAUUUUACCUACACUGCGUGAGCGAGCUGUCUAAUUUAAGUCACAAGAGUAACUUAUUUUAUACACAUGUUGUGUUGCAGAUAAAAUAUAAUGUUAGACAAAAUUCUAAAUAAACUUAAGAUAAGUUACAUAUAAAAUAAGACUGUAUUUAAUAUAACUUGACAAAAGAGACAGACAGAUUUGUGUUGUAUUUUGAAGCUUUAAUGUAAAUGUAAACACUGCCAGGAAUUUAUAUCAACCUCUGAAUGAUGUUUAAUAAAGUGUAUUGCUAUUAUUUCACUUUAGAAAAAUGUCAAUACUUC